AUGGGGCAAUCACAACAACACAAUUCAAUUGAAGAACUUGAAUCAGAGACUAAUGAUAAUCACUAUAACAAUCGCAAACUAAAUGACCAUCAAAGUAAUGAAUCGCCAAUCAAUCCAACAAACAAUCUUCAAAAUGACGAAACUAUUGAAACGACAAUCAAAGAGCGGCCGACGAAGAAAGAAACGAAACACAUACCUCACAAUCAGAUGACAACGAAGAAACCUUUAAUCAAUUUAAUUAAGGCAAACCUUAGCACAUGUACUAACCCCGCAAUCAAUGAAUUCCCGAGCGAUAUGUUUAGCCAGAGAUCUCGAUCUCGAGGAGCCAUAAUCAUCCACAUCGCUGUCGUCCUCUAUAUGUUCUACUGUUUGGCAAUCGUUUGUGAUCUCUAUUUUUUGCCAUCACUUGAGGAGUGCUGUCAACGCCUUAACUUAUCGGAAGACGUGGCGGGUGCCACAUUCAUGGCCGCCGGUUCCAGUGCUCCCGAAUUGUUUACCGCAAUAUUGGGUGUAUUCAUAGCCAAAGGCGAUGUCGGCACCGGCACUAUAGUUGGAUCAGCCGUUUUCAAUAUACUAUUUGUAAUCGGACUUUGCUCUCUAUAUACUGCGUCCACUGAAUUAAACUGGUGGCCAGUGGCCAGAGACUCGUCUUACUAUACAUUUACUGUUCUCGUCCUAAUUUUGUUCAUAUACGACGGAGAAGUAUCAAGAUAUGAAUCGUUCACAAUGUUAUGUCUUUACGGGGUUUACAUUUUAAUCAUGAACUUUAACGUUGAGCUCAGAGACUACGUUCAGCGGCAAUGGAUUCAAUUGGGUCUCCGACAGAGCGGCGAUGAGUUUGAGAAUUUAAAAGCCAAUUCUGGUGUCGUUCAGUACCACUCCUUUAAAGUUGGAGGAAAUGACACGGGAUAUGGACAGAGGAUGGAUGGCUAUAAUCGGCCCCAAACCACCCUUUAUGAAGCGGCCAAUCUUGUCAUAAUUAAACACAAACGACUGUUUCGACCCAUUUCCAGAUUUCGUGCUGCGGCACACCUUAUCAUAAUUCAGAGACAAAAAGCCAAAUAUCAAAACCAACAGCAUUUACAGCCACAACAGUAUCCACAACAAGAAGAACUCAAUUUUGCCAAAUCUUUUGAUUCGGCGCGAAAGCCAUCGCUUGUAGCCGACCAACACUUCUGGAGACGAAUUCCCGAUCCAAAUGUCGACGGAUGGUAUGGAUGUUGCAAAUGGGGCGCAAGAGCUCCUCUUCACGCCAUCCUAUUCUAUACGAUUCCUGACUGUAAAGUCAAACAAAAUCUAUUUCUGGUGACUUUUUUCAUGAGCAUCACUUGGACCGCAGUUUUCUCUUAUGUAAUGGUUUGGAUGGUCAGUUUAAUUGGCUUUACACUCGGUAUACCGGACAGCAUAAUGGGUAUUACUUUCCUGGCGGCCGGAACUUCGGUUCCCGACGCUUAUUCUAGUCUUCAUGUGGCCAAAAUGGGUCACGCGGAUAUGGCUGUUAGUAACUCGAUUGGCAGCAAUGUAUUUGACAUUCUCAUAGGUCUAGCCCUUCCAUGGUUUGUGGAGACAGCGAUUGUUCACCCUGGCUCGAUCGCUAACAUCAACAGUCGUGGACUUAUUUACGCCAUAAUUCUUCUGUUUCUAUCUCUUCUCAUAACAAUAUACUUCUUUCAUCGCAAUCAUUGGACAUUAAAUCCUCAAUUAGGAUAUGCCUUAUUGAUAACGUUAUGUAAACCCUCCGAUGUGUGGCGAAUAGAGAAUAUUCUUGUUUUGGUGCAGAUUUUGGUGCAUAACCUGUGGUGUUAUAAACCGCAUAGCGUUUUGGUUGAGAAUCUAUUCACUGUAUGAGUUGUGUUAUGUGUAUAAAAGCAAUCGUGAAUUUUGUGGUCAAUUAUACUGUAUUUAUGCGGUUUCAUGUAAUUUAAUCAAUACUCAUAAUAAGUGACAAUCAGUUAAUCGGACGACAUUUGAAAUCAAUUCAAAUGCCGUUUAUAUUCAAUGCUUAGCCUGUUAUACACUAUUCAUGAAUCAUGAUAUAAAUUGAGGAAAAGUUUGCUUUUGUUUAACAUAUACAUAGUGU